AUGUCGAACAGCGACCCUUUCUCGCGCGAUGGGAUCGAAUUCCAUCCUAUCCCCCAAUCCGACCGCCCUCACAUAGCCGUUUCCGAGCUGACUGAUAGCAGAUCAGUAUUUUCCCUGUUAUACUUUAACCGGGUAUUCGCAUCCAUCGUUUCCUGGGGAAUCAGAACAUACACAUGGCACCAGUAUGGCGUCUACAUCGACAUCAAAGCCCUCCAAAUAUCCUUGCUCGCCGGGCGCAUCUUCUUCACGGGUCUUCGAUACCACGGCAACAACGAGACGAUUUUAGUGCAAAACGGGCACAUUACCUGGGCGUACUGGCUGCGCAGGGUCCGGGAGGUGGAUGUGGGGGAACGAAAAGGGGGUGAAAAGCACCCAGAUGCUGCCACGGAAGAACCCUCUGCAAAGCUCCCAUGCCGUGUCAAGGUAUCUCUCAGGGGUUUGGAGUGGUUUAUAUACAACCGGAGUCCUGCAUACGAUUCUGUUCUUUCCGGGCUUACCGAUUCUGCGGCGAUCCGUCAUGAUGCCGGUCCAGGACAGGGCGGCCCAGGGUCGGCAGCCUCAGAACCUGUCCAGUUGCGUCGGAGGCAGUCGGGUCGGCAACAGGGGCCAGCGAGGUCUUCAUCCCCAGCUUGCUUCUCAGUCAAGCCGGAAGGAUCAGGCGCCACGGGUGACAAUACCGGCAACAGCGUGGAGAGGAACCCCGCGCCUAGCCCUGGCUCGUCCAACUCCGAACAUGGUGAAGGUGCAGACAAUAAUGCUAGCCUACCGUUACUCCUGCAGCUUCUACCGAUAUACCUGACUUGCGACAAGGCGGCAAUGGUGAUGGGCAACGAAAACACCAAGGCUGUUCUAAUCGUCAAAACAACCUCCUUAUCAGGUGAAAUCGAUGCUUCUGAGACCGAGACGCCCGAUCCCUAUCGUCAAUACUUCCGAUUCAAAUUCAAGAACCCCGUUAUUGAAAUGAAAGACAACAUGGAUUUCAAAGAAGAGCAACCCGACCGGGCCGUCCGAGAUAAACAGGCCGCCCAGGCCCAAGCGUCGCUUUCCCGCCCCAGACGGUCUUUUCUCCAUUGGCAAAGGCGCAGGCUUCGUGAAGGCCUCAGGAACAUGAUUCCGUUCUGGAAUAAAUCUGUCGAGUCGCUGGCCCCCUCUAGUAGAGAGAUUGGGACUUCUGCUAGCCAGAUACCUGGCGCUGGCCGAUGGCAAGGGUUGUCACGAUAUCUCUCCGACGAUGCGGAAGACCAAAAGUCUCGAUGGGCAUCUUCCGAGUAUGCAGCCGUCCCAACGCUCUUGGAUAGCCCCGAGGCGUCUUUGACUCUAUUUUGGGACGUGCCGAGCCAAGUUAGACCAAACACCGUAUCGCUGCAGGAGAAAAUCUUGGAGCAAGCACCCAAUAUCAACGGCGCCGAACCCCCUGCUUGGGCAAUCACCUUGUCCGUAAACGGGGGCUCUGUCAACUACGGCCCCUGGGCCGAUAGGCAUCGAGCAGAUCUCCAGCGCAUCUUCGUCCCUAGUCUCUGCAAGGACGCGGUGCCCGCCCGACCCUUAGCCCCAGGUGCAUAUCGGGUGCCAACGCAAUUCAAGUUCUAUCUUGAGCUCACCGACGCCACGACCAUCCGCAUCCCGGUAAGAGAGGCGUCAAAGAAUUGGAGGUGGAAGGGCAAAGAGCCCGCUCCGCCCAAGCCAGGAGGCAAUGACACACGGAAGGCCCGUCGAUCUAAGAAGUCAGAUCCGCCUGCUGAACUGCACCAACGACCUUGCGGUUGGCUUGACCUGAAGGUUCCUGCCAACGCAACUGUUUCCUACUCUAUGGAUAUGAUUGCCGGCGCCUCCGGGUACACCAGCACUCUCGAUGUGGACCUGCCCAGCACCGAAGUGACAACCAGCAUCAACCACGAGCUUCUGUUGAGAUCCAACCGGCACAGGAUAUCCUGCGAUCUAUCUACGCCGCUGAGUUGGAACGCUCUUCGUCAAUGGUACUUCAAUAUCAACGCCGACGACCUGGAGCUUUACAUUCUACGAGAUCAUAUCUUCCUCCUGAUCGAUCUCGUGGACGACUGGACGAGUGGGCCACUGACCGACUAUUUAGUCUUCACUCCUUUCAAGUACCAUCUCAAUCUCCAACUCCAGGAUGUCCGGCUUUUUCUGAACCUCAACGAUGCAAACAUUGUCAACAAUCCAACCGACUUGGAAGAUAACACAUACCUCAUCAUCUCUAGUCCGCUUCUCAGAUGCGAAACAUGCAUCCCAAUCGACCAAUACAGACCAAGCGAAAAUGACGUUCCCUUUGACAUCCGUGCCGACACCGCUAUGAUCGAUCUUCACUUGCCGCCGUGGAACACAUAUGCACAGUUCCUCACCUCCAAGGAAGUUGGGCGGCUCGAGAGUCUAGCUAUUCAGGGUGCCUACCAUUAUAAUGCGACCACCUCGUCUGCAAACACCGACACCCUGGUCCUGAAUAUUAGUGGGCAGUCGCCGACGGCGAACCUCCAUGGUUUCACCAUCCGCUACUGCCUCAUGGUCAAGGACAACUACUUUGGCGACGAUCUUCACUUCAGAACAAUGGAGGAAUACCAGGACAUGCUGCGCUUGAAGGAGAAUGAUCCGAAUGCCGAGCUUGCCAGCAAGCCACCACCUAAGAAGUCGAAUGACUUGGAUGUCAUCCUCAGCAUCAGGGCCGACGAUCCAAAGGUUCUGCUUCCAGCCAAUCUUUACUCCUCCAACCGCCACAUACAGAUCGAUACUGCAAGUCUGUGUCUCGAUUUGCGUUUCACCAACUACUACAUGGACCUGGAGUUGGUGGUGGCCCCACUGAACCUCUCGUUGGGCAAUACUGAAGCCGGCGCAGAAACCCCAAUCAGCGCAACAUCGAGCACCCAGAUGUUUGUGGAUGGCCUCAAUGUUUAUGGUCAUCGUCUCUUUGGCCUUCCUCCGGCAGAACCAACCUACAUGUGCAAUUGGGAUCUAUCACUGGGCGCCAUCACGGGCGAUUGCACCACAGAGUUCUUGACGACCCUCACCAGCGCAGGCAGGGCCUUCGCAUUCACGUUUGACGAUGAUGAAAAUGCCCUGGUGCCUUUUUCUUCGGUCGUUGUUUACGAUGUUACCUUCCUUCGCGUUUUCGUCCAUUCGGUCCGCCUAUGGCUCCACGUUGAAGAAGCUGCGUUUCUCUUCUCAGCUGGGACAAUCGAUGUGAAUUAUAACGACUGGGCGCGGUCACACUAUUCUAGGAGAGCAAACAUCAACAUCCCAGACAUCAAGCUGUCUUGUUUGAACGCAGAGUUGGCUACUAGGCACAGAGCGCGCUCUCAGCACGAUGUGGAGGCGGACGCGCUAGUAGAGACCAGCCUGCGGGUUGCCAUCAUUGGGCGCAAGGCGGACUUCUCAGGGGAAAGGAAGCUUCAGCAAGAUCUUGUUCGUAAGCACGAUCAGAGGACAAACAGAACCCCGUUUCUCGUCCUCUCAAACCUUGCGGAUGACGAUUUCAUUCCUGAUAUCGUCGACCCCCCUGCCCAGAGUGUACCGCCGGUGCCCAUGCCGGUUUUCUCGGGGAAUUCCAAGGAUGAUGAAUCGUCCCUACGGUCCAAGACGAGCUUGAGGCCGCCACGCGGCCUGCGCCAUAAAUCGUCGUUCUUGUCCGUUUCUAGUUCAGCACAGAGCAGCGUGCUCAAGCCUUUCAGAUCGGGGCGAUCGAGUAGGAAAGGGAAGUUCCCUGAACGCCACAACUUGCUUGCGCAAGGCCGAGAAUUUUCUCCAUCAACUCGCCAUUCUGCCUUCUACAGUAUGCCCGGAGAACAAAACGAGCAGCCGGAUGCCGGUCACAACACUGUUGCUUUCUCGAGUCAAUAUUUCGCACCUUACUUCCCGCUUGAGAACAUCAAGCCCAGCCAUGGUGAAGCAAUGAUGCAGAGCAUCGAAGAACAAGAUGGCGACUCGGCUGACUUAAACUCAAUCAGCUUCGAACUGGAGGACGUUGAUCCGAAUUUUUUCAAUGAAGACUUUGCCUAUUCCAGUGUCAUUCUCGAACUGCCGGCAGGCCUAACCGCGUUUUGCAACCCUACGUCUUUGCGAUAUGUGGCAAGCUUGCUUUCGUCUCUCCAACAAACGGAUCCAGACGACGUCCUCGACUCCCUGCAGAUCGACUCUAUGAAAGAGAUCUUCGAUGCGCAAAAGAACCAGAAAAUGAAGGGUCGGGUUAACGACUUGCUGGUUAAACUGCCGCACCUCAACUUCCGGCUCAUCAAUUCUCCUGAAGUAGACUCUGUGAACCAGGCCGCCGACGAGCAGGACCAAUACGAUGUCUCAGUCACAAAGCUUUCCUUCACAUCCCGGUCUCAUACCACUUGGCAGGAUGCUUUCAAGCCGCAGUCAAAAGCGUUUCGCAACUCAUUUCACCUGAGACUGGACUCGGUAGAGGUCUCGGCUGCCGAGAGGCUCCGUGGCACGGAUAGCUCCCAAGCUGACGCUCUUAUCCGAGUCGAGAGUGUGCUAGCUUCCCUGGGUAACAAAGAUGUCACAUACUUUGAUGCGGAAGUUGGCGACAUUCAUGGCAGCACAUCAUCCGGAAAGGUCGACUACCUGGCGUCGUUGGUUCACCGCACAAGCGUCUUAGUGUCCGAUCUCGACGAGCUCUUCUCUAAAGUAUCAUCACAAGAGAAGAUGAUGGUACGAGGUUUAGUGCACCGCCUUGUCGCUGCGGGCCAAGAAGUCCCUGAUCCGUCUUUCUUGAUACGUCCUUCUGCGAUCCUGCGUUCCGCACCUCAGCAUCUGCGGACCUUUGACUCCUGGAAGCUGGCCAUGCGUCUUCGGCAGAUGUGGACGGUCCUGGGGCCACCCGAAGCAGAGCAGAUCAUGCUCAACUCCCUGGUCCCAGUCCCCAAUCCAGCAGCGGAAUUGAGACACGAAGUGAUCGCGGCCUUUCAAGAAUGGAGGAGCUGGGACUUGAACAAUAUCGAGGAGAGUAUGCUUCUCGGCGUGGUAUUUGGACGGUCGGCUGAAGGCCCCAACCCUACGGCCCAAGAAAAACCGACUCUUGCUGUCGUGAAGGUCAAACAUUUCCUGCUUGCUCUCAAUCCCGGACCGAAGCAGAAUGAGAUCACCCUAGCGGACCUCACCACAAGACUCCAGAGCAAACCGGCCACGGCAACUAAACAGAAGGACAGUAUCGGUGGAAUGGCUGGCCCUUCGACUACCCUGAAUGUCUCCUGUGAGGAUGCCGCCAUUAAUUUGAACUGGGAAUUGUGCGAGCUAGCAGACAAUAUCCUGAGGCUGGCAAAGAACAUGCAAUCUCGGGCAUCCGAUCAAUCUCCGGCCGAGUCUCCGGGUCCCAAAACCUUGGCUACACCAAAACAAUCAUCAGAGAGCACGAUCCACUGUGUCCUAUCCCUCGGUCACGGGUCGCUGCUCCUAGAGGCUGUCAAUAUUUACUCGUCGUCGUUCAUCCACGGAGCUCAGACGUCGGUACUCAUCCAAAAGGGGCCCAACAACACGACGGACACGAACCUUAUUCUCAACUGCGACUCUGCUACCACAAGCCUCCGAAGCAACCACCAGAAGCUUGCGAAGCUGAUCCUAAACAAGCCCAGCGUCCUCGUUUCACACGAACUGCGGGCUAACCAAACAAUCGACUCCCAUACCAUCAAGGCGGCAGCUAGCAAUCAAUAUCUUAACCUGAUUGUCAAGCAGGAUCCCAUCACUUUGGCAGAGGUCUUUGAUCUCUUGGUCCGGGACGAGUUCGCGCAGCUAUACAAGCUGAAGGACCAGCUCCCCUCUUCUCGACCUGUCUCGUCUUCCAAAAAGCUCGCGGAUCGCCUAUCCGCCUUCAGAGUCAACGUAGCAUUGUUCAUGGACCAGUACACCAUCAGCCUGCCCCUCCUGCCCUCCCUCACGUACACAGUCCAUGGGACAGUUUCUAGAGCAGCCAUGGCAGCUAACUUCGGCCGAGAGAUCAUUUUCGAUUUUGACAUCAAGGAGAACUCUCAUGAUAUGCAAGUCAAAGUCAAUAAUGUUUCUAGAAGCAUCUCGCUUCUGCAAAUCCCACCCACCAACGGACGGAUCAGAAGCCAUAUGGGCCACGGAGAGCAUUCUGUGACUGUCUUUGCAUCCGUCGAGUUGAUACAACUAGAUGCAUCCGCCGUGUACAGUCUACUCUCGGCUCUAAACCGACCUGAAAUUUCCAGUGUCGUCGAUGAGCUGCAACAACAGGUCAAAGCGAUUCAGGAGCAUGUCAAGGAAGUCACCGGAGAAGAACCGCAGGCGCCCGUGGCCCCAACGGAGAAAAAACCGAAAACUAUGGCUUACGCCAUCCAUCUGACGCUUGCUGGGCUUGAGGUAUUUGGAAAUAGUCCAUUGAAAUCCGAGACCGGGGCACUGGCGCACAUCUCCUUUGCGCUCGGCAGCGUCCACCUUGGACUCUCAAAUCGGCUAGAACAGCAGGGUCCCGUAUUGUUAUAUCCGGAAUUCAACGUCAACCUGCGCCGUAUUACUUUUGAGAUUCAAAGGGGCAGCGCUGAAGCCAUGAAGUCGUGUGGCAAUGUUGCAUUCGGUGCUCUGAUCUCAGCCUCCUCGCAGGCCGGCGAGGAUGGCAAGGACAAGAGGUUCUUUCACGUUAAGAGUGACGCCUUUGAGGUGAACCUAUCCCCUGACACUAUCUCCACCGUCGUGGAUGUCCUGGGCUACAUGGGCAACAAAAUCAAGGACCUCGACACUUCCCGUGAGCUCGGGUACUUGCGGAAGCUCAGACAAUCCAAACCACGCAUUGCUAUUAACAACGCAGAAACGGGAGAGGAGACUGAUAUCAUUGACACUUUUUUGUCUUCCAUCACAUACAGCUUUGAGAUCUGUAACAUCCAGGUGGCUUGGUUGGUCAACAAAGCGGACGAAAUGCCGGCCGCUGGCAAGGAGGAUCUCGUGCUCUCACUCCAGAGAAUCGAGCUCGGCACGCGAACCAGAAACUCGGCAAGGCUUACCAUCGAAGACCUGCAGGUCCAGAUAUCGAACCCAUCGUCUGACAAGAAUAUUCGGUCCCCUAACUCCGCGCUCCUGCCAGAGAUUAUUUUCAACGUCGCCUACGUUUCCACGGCCGAUGCCCGCCGCCUGGCUUUCCAGGCGGUUGGGAAACCCCUAGAUGUGCGGCUCACCUCGGGUUUUAUCAUACCAGCAGCCCAUCUGAACGAUUCCAUCAGUCUGUCCUUUAAGAACAUUCAGCAAGCGUCCCAAAACUGGAACCCGGGCGUCACGGCUCCUGAGCCGGCUGCCGCCGAUCAGCCACAGGAGGUGCCACGGAAGAACAUCCUCGGCGGAAAGAGACUCGAAUCUCUGCUCGUGGACGCCGAUUUUGCUGGAGCCGUGGUGCAUCUCACAGGUAAAAAGGUCCCCGCGGACCUAGUCUCGGCCACGAAACCAACACGGCCGUCCAGCGCCGGAAAACAGGGGCAACCGGGUUUGGACGAAGCAACCGACAGCACAACGUUGAGAUCGCCAGGUCUCGCCUGGAAACUAGAGUUUACGGACAACGGAAAGGACGACCCAUCACUCCAUGCCGAGGUCAAGAUUGAUGCCUCGAGCAAUAUCUUAUAUCCGUCCGUGGUCCCACUCGUUGUAGACAUCAGCAACAACAUCAAAAAGGUGGUGAGCAGUCGCGACGCCAAAAACAGCAAACCAGUUGCGCAAGCGCGAGAGGCUGCGGCCAAGCCCAGACUCCCAGAGGAGGAUAGCAUCCUCACUGCGGACCCCACGGCUGUUCUGGGCCGCAUGAAGCUCAACCUGGGGCUGCGCAUCUGCAAGCAAGAGUUCUCGCUAAGCUGCCAGCCUAUUGCGCGGGUAGCGGCCACGGCUAGUUUUGAGGAUGUCUACUUUACGGCCAACACUGUUCGGUCGAUGGAGCAGGGCAACUUCUUCGCCAUCUCGGGCGCCUUCACGAGCCUUCAGGCGUCGGUGCAGCAUGUCUAUUCGAGGGAAUCCACCGGCAGCUUUAGGGUGCAGUCGAUCGUUCUCUCAUUCUUGAACAGCAAGCAUCUGAGCGGCACCAGCGGUGUGUCAGCGAUUCUCAAGGUCAGUCCUAUGGAGGUGUCAAUCAACGCGAAGCAGCUGCAGGACUUCCUGCUCUUCCGCGAGAUCUGGCUACCGCGCAAGAUCGUGGACCCCUCGGCUGGGCCAGUGGCAAAACUUGUCACGGAAACAUCCCAAGGGCAUCUUGUGCAGCGCUACCAGCAGGUCGCCGCGACAGCCGCCUUUCCUUGGACGGCCAGCAUUUCCAUCUCGGCGCUGAAGAUUGUCGUGGACCUUGGUCAGGCGCUGGGGCGGUCGACAUUCUCCAUCAACGACUUCUGGAUCUCUUCAAAGAAGACAUCAGACUGGAAGCAGAACCUGUGUCUCGGGUUCAGCAUGAUCGGUAUUGAAAGUGCCGGCAGGAUGAGCGGGUUCAUCACACUCAAUGAUUUCAAGCUGCGGACAGCGAUAGAGUGGCCGGAGCGGGAACAAGCGCUCAGCGAGACGCCUCUGAUCCAGGCAUCUGUUACGUUCAGCCAGUUCAGGGUGAAGGCUGCUUUCGAUUACCAGGCUUUCCUCGUUGCAGACAUCACCUCACUGGGUUUCCUCAUGUACAACGUCCGCCGCAGCAGAGACGGGGGCGGAGAUCGGCUAAUGGCCAACUUUGACGGUGAGGCUGUCCAGGUAUUCGGCACAACGACCUCUGCGGCCCAGGCCAUCUCGCUAUACCAAGCUUUCCAGCGACUGGUGCAAGAGCGCAAGGCGAACUUUGAGGUCUCGCUCAAGGAGAUCGAACGGUAUAUGCAGCGCAAGUCGGUUUCGGCUCCCCCGGGCGUGAUGCAGCGCCUGAGUAUCCCGAAACCGACGAGUGACGACGCAGCCCUCAAAUCGCCCAUCUCGCUCGAUACGGACGUCGUUGUUACCCUCAGAGCCCUUAAUCUGGGCAUCUUCCCCGGCUCCUUCUCAGACCAUCAAGUCUUCAAGAUGGAGGCGCUCAACGCCCAAGCCCGCUUCGCUGCCUCCGUCGAGGAUGACGGCCGCAUCUACAGCAUCCUAGGUCUCACGCUCGGCCAGCUGCGCAUAGGACUCGCGGGGGUCCGGGCGGAGAGCGGAGCGCCCAGGUCGGUCAGCGAGCUGUCGGUCGAGGACGUAGUGCGGAGCGCGACGGGCUCCCGCGGCGGGACGAUCCUCAAGGUGCCACAGGUCGAGGCCGUCAUGCAGACUUGGCAACUGCCGGAGUCGAAGCGCAUCCAGUACAUCUUCAAGAGCGCCUUUGAGGGUAAGGUCGAGGUCGGUUGGAACUACAGCCGCAUCAGCUACAUCCGCGGCAUGUGGGCCAACCACUCCAAGACGCUCGCCCAGACUUGGGGCAGAGAGCUGCCCAACGUGACGGCCAUCAGAGUCACCGGGGUGCUCCCCGCCUCUGGCGCCGCCUCCUCCUCAGCCACAGCAACAACAACAACCACCGCCGUCGACGAAAAUAAAGACAAAAAGGAGAAAGACAAAAAACAACAGGACGAGCGAACCAACAAGAUCACGGCCGAGGUCAAGGUGCCGCAGUCCGGGUAUGAGUACGAGGCGCUCGAGCCGCCCGUCAUCGAGACGCCGCAGCUGCGCGACAUGGGCGAGGCCACCCCGCCGCUCGAGUGGAUCGGCCUCAACCGCGACCGGCUGCCCAACCUGACGCACCAGAUCGUCAUCGUGGCGCUGCUGGAGCUGGCGGGCGAGGUGGAGGAUGCGUAUUCGAGUAUUUUGGGGAGUACUUGA